AUGGGACGUGGAACGUCACUGGGGGGGAAGGAGCCAGAGCUCGUGGAGGAGGUGGACAGAUACCGACGAGAUAUUGUCGAUGAGGAGCUGGGGGGGUCGGUGACUGUGCAGCAGUUUGAGGACAAGGCGAGGGAAGUGUGUGGGGCCCCAGAUGAUUGGGCGGAGCAGCAGCCCUUCCUGUGCCUGGACCUCACGUACAUCUCCACGCUACUUCAGCACGGCUUUGGCUUCCAGCCUGACUCAACCCUCAUGCUGUCGAAAAAGGUGGGCGGCGUGGAGACGGGCUGGGCUCUGGGAGCCGCCUUCCGUGACCUUGCCGAGAUGCAGGGCGAGCAGUGAGCCUGACGCAGGCUCCCGCGGUCAGCACCCGGCCCGUUACUUCACUUCACCCGGCCCCGCAGAUGAUGCGGGGGGGGCGGGGGCGAGGGGGGUGGUGGACACGCAGACAUGGCCCCAGCGGCGACGCAUUUGGCACUCGUUGUUGUGGAGGUUCGCGGUUCGAAGCCGCCGGGCAGUCCUGGUUAACAUUGCGGUGUGUGUAUGUGUGUAUGUAAUGUUGAACUUAUUUUGCACCGUACAUAGGCAACCAUGCUAAUCGGAAGUACGGGGGAAGGACAACACACUCAACAGAAAAAGCACCCAAUUCGAAAAACGUGCACCGGGCCAUCAUGUACCGGCAUCACGGUCUGGAUUUGAUCAAAUUUGUUGCAGGUUUCACCGCAAAUGGAAUGGAGUGGGAACACUCGCACAAGGCAACAUCACUCCCCGCUCUGAAACUACCACAGGCCGUAUCUGUGAAACGCAGGCACGGCCUACGCGAUAGGAAUGAUGGCGCCGAUACAACGUGCACUCCAGGGACGUGCGGUCAGGGGAGGCAGGGGAGGCAGAGCCUCACCUGUCAUACUCCAAUAGCUGUUACGAAAAGUUAAAGAAAAGAAUAAUCAAAUCAAAUAUUAUUUAGUAUUGCUAUUGACGUAAUUUUCGCCCUUGUCGCCUAAGAAGACGAACGAUAAAUCCACUUCUUUACUGAGGGCAAAUGUUUACGUGGGGAAUUGCCAUGAGUGUGCGUGACCGGUCUGUGAAUUGUCAGUUUGUUAUUCAGGACCUCGGAAAUUAUCUUUUAAACACAACCGUGACAAAAUGUGACGUUUUUCUUUUAUCGGUGUCAAUCCUUUCUAAACUUGAAAAGUGUAAGUUAGUGCUUAAAUGAAGAUUGCAGUGUUGCUAUGAAUGAAGGUUUCGGUUAAGCGGGCCUGUGGUGGUGCUGGUGGCUAUGCAUGUGGCUGCCUGUAAGUCAGUCCUGUGGAGGCAGCAGCAGCAGCGAGGGUUGGUGGAUCACCGCACAGAUGGGUUGUGGAACUCUCUACUAUCUGUGGGUGGGCGAAUCUCCAUCUGUUCCAACUCCCCGUGGUUGUUGAGGAGGAGCUGCUGUACUGGGCUUGCCAGGAGAAGGUGGUACAGUACCUGUUCCAUCUGUAUUGGAUAGAGUGUUUCACUCACGUGGGCAUUCCCCGGGCCCUCCGGUCUCUUCCCACAUUUUAGCAUUCGUUAAUUGGCCGAUGACAACUUCAUAAACAGAGGAUGGCAGAGCUUGGGCAAUUGUGAAGCGCCAGUUGACAGCGUGGUUUCUGCCUUCCCACACCUCAUCUGUAGCUCCUCCACCUCACGCCUCCCGAGUUGUCGGCUCUCUACGAGAGCGAUGAGCUGCACAGCGUUACAAGUUGCAAUGAUUAUUAUUGUUAUGAUUCGUAAGUGACGAUUUUCGUAAGCGACUAGUUGACUCUCAGCAUCGUGGUGAAAUUAUUUACGGUGAAUUAAAAGAAAAUUGUUUCCGUGCUUCGUGAGACAUUAAACGGAUGUUGUUGGCGCCCACGUCGUGAAUAUUACUCCCCACAGGUGUGUGAGCGACAGUCUUUUGCCCAGGAUGCCAGACCGUCAAUCGGUCGGGCGUGCCAUCGUAGCGCUGUUGUGUCAUACUGAAAUGUUGGUGUGACAUCUACGCAAUAAUGAUCGAGUAUGAUCAUUAUUACGUAGAUGUGGCGAGGUGUUAACUACCUCACCUGGUAUACAGGAGGUUGUGGGUUCCAUCCCGACCCUGACGCCUGGAUAUUUGUAGUUUGCAUGUUCUCCCCAAUGGUCGUAUGGAUUUUUCUCCAGGUCCUCCGGUUUUUCCCUCUACAUUUAGAAUCAUCCGUUGAGAAUAUUUGGCUGCAAUAAAUGUCCACAUAAUAAGCCACUUCAUUGGGCUAUCAUUUGUGGCCAGGUCGCCUUCCCUGGUAAAAUUAAAAAUGGUAUAGUUUAGAGUACAAUUGGCGCUGUCGUUCUUAUAGCAUCGGGCUAUUGCAUAGGAAGGUGCUGCUGUGUUUCAUCGCCAUGGUAUGCAGUCGUGUUAAAAGCUGGGGGGAUGCUGCUGCUGCUGUGUGAUUUGGCUCAGAGGCACUCCCAGUGGCAGCUGUCCCGGUAUUGCACAAGACGAUCAUCACGUAGUGCGCAGGAGUUUCACAGGAGGGGGCGACGCAGCUGCUAUGUGGUCUCGCCUAAAGCAGGGUUGGGCAACAAAAAUAACAAGAAGAAUAUUUUAAGAGCCGCAAUGGAUGUGAUCCUUAAAGAUGCGCAUGUGUCUCUGGAGCCACAGGCUGCCGACUCCUGGCCUAGGGACACCUCCAGUGGAAACUGCCCCUUCCUGUGUGGAACAAGGCGAUCACCACCGUAGCAAGUUCACAGUGUGUCACAGUAGGGGGCGUUGCUACUGUUUUGUAUGUGUGAUCUCAAUUGGCUUUUGGACCGUAACACCGGCACACAAUGGGCUAUCUCAGCGGUCGGGAACCUAUGGCUCGCGAGCCAUAUAUGGCUCUUCCGGUGACGGCAUAUGGCUCCCAGACAAUUUUGAGUUGAAAAAAAUAAUAAUAAAAAAAAUCAGUUUGGAACUGAUUUUAAAAUACUUGUGAUAUUGCUUAAUAAUACUGUGUCAUUUUAAAGUAAACAGAAAUUAGUUUUGAAGAUAAAAUUUCUCGGGUCACGGAUCCCGUGACCAGAAGUCGCAUUAAAAGUAAGACAUAUUUAAUUUAUUAUACGUUAAAAAUACUAUAUGGCUCUCAAUGAAAUAUAUUUAGAAAUAUUUGGCUUUUAUGGCUCUCCCAGUCAAAAAGGUUCCCGACCCCUGGGCUAUCUGUUUGCAAGGGGAUAUUUAGCGUCCGCCACGAAGUAUUAACCAGGGCGUCCUACCAGUGUCGAACCACGAACCUCUGCAGCAACAAUUCGUCAGCGAAAACAAACAAAAAAACUCCGUCGUGUCUCCAGUAUCCGACACGAUGAAUGGACGGCUUGAAGGAGCAAUAGAGAGAUUAUCCGUGCGUCGAUUGUCUGGGUUGUCGAUUAUCUUGUUCUUGCGUAACAACGCGCACUCAUCGUGUUCACGCUGGUGCCAGGCACGCAGUAGCGAGAUGUUAUCUCCCUUGCCGGGUCAACUGGAGGUCGUGGGUUUGAUCCUGACCCUGCCUACUGUAUAUUUGGAGUUUGUGUGUGUGCCUCUCUCCCCCCGUGGUCACGUGGAUAUCUCUCUGGGUCCUCCAGUUUUUCCCUCCACAUUUAGAAUUAACAUCACGCGUUUAGAGUAUUUGGCUGCGAUACAUUUCCACGCGAUAAUCCACUUCAUAUUCUUUGGGUCUUUCGGUAAAGUCACGUCGAUAGGUUCAAAGAAAAUAACAAAACACUACAAUGUUUCGAUCGCAACACAAGCGGUCGUCAUCAGGAAAGGGGGUUAGUUUCUAAAGGCAAACUGUUUAUAAAUGUUUAAAAUGGGCGUAGCUCAAAUGUCAGCAGCAUGGGCGGCGACCGCGAUGGUGCGUUUCCACCAAUAAAGGGCUGCCAGGUAAAAAUUAGCAUGUUGAUGUAAGAUCGCAGAGCCGCCACCACGAGGUCGGCGCGCGAAGGUGGCUAUGUUGGUGUGACCCCUGCUAUGUGUAGUGGGUUCGAAUUAGGUGCACACACACGCAGCUUGGAGGCAACACUAUUUAUUAAACGGUAAGUAAUAUAACACUGUACAUGAGUUGGUGACCACCUUCCUCAACUCACUAACACUCUGGAACGCGACACAGACUGGACCAGGCAGGCAAUGGCCUGCCUGGCCCAGGACGACGACUCGGGACUUGACGACCGAUGAUGUCUUCACUUCGGAGUACAGUACAACAGCCUCCCUCCGCAUUCACACCACGCUUAUAUCUGCUUUGGCGUGGCCGGCUCUGCCCAGGCCACGCCUCCCUUCCCAGGCCACGCCUCCCUUCCCCCACCUCUGGGAAGGUCCGGAUCCCUCCACCACGUGACCCCCCAGCCACCCCCUUGGGGCCCCCAGCCCUCGUACGGGCCGACACAGUAGUGACCGUUCUAUGUCACUACAUAUGUAUGGCAAGGUGAUGGUUUUGAUUGGGUCCUCAGAUGGUUCUUUUCCCAACGGUUGGGGUGAUAGCUUUACGGAUUGUGUCGUCUGAAUAUCCAUUCAUCUUGAGAGCUUGGUGUACGUGUUCCAGUUCACUAACAGCUGCCCCGCCUUUGCUGCCCAUUUUAAAGAUUUAUAAACAUAUUCUAGGGUCUUUCGGUAAAGUCACGUAGAUAGGUUAAAAGAAAAUAACAACAGUUUUCUUUUAGAAACUAACCCCCUUUCCUGAUGACCGUUUGUGUAGCGAUCGAAACGUAGUUUUUUGUUAUUUUCUUUGAACCUAUCUUGUGUGACUUCAUAAAAAGACCCAACGAAUAUUAAUUCCUGCAGUCACGAAAGCUUUAUGUCAAGAUAUAAUCCACUUUGUUGAGAUAUCAUUUGUAGACAGGUUGUUUCUAAACAGAGAUGUAGAGCUCUGUGGACCUCGCCUGUUUCUUAUCAGCUGUUCACACGCCAUGGGUGGCCAUGAUGAGAAUCACAUUUCAAAAAAUUAUUCCCGAUGACCCAAUUUUGUAAAUAGGCAUGUGAACAGGACCCUGCGGGGUGGGCUGGUAGGAACGAAUAACCAAAGAAUAUAAACAAUGUAUUAUUACACUUGUUAAGCCAGGAAAGCCCCACUGAGUUAAAAGGUUUUUGUAGGGUCCUGCCAAGUGUUUGCAGUAGGGGGCGUUGUUGCUACCAGGAUAGCGUCACUGAGUCUAAAGGUUUUUGUAGGGUCAUGCCAAGUGUUUGCAGUAGGGGGCGAUGUUGAUACACGGACGGACGGACGGACGGACGGACGGACAAAUGGACGGACGAUAUAAUCUAUUGGUGUCUGGUCCACUUCGUUCUUACCAGUAAUAGUUACACUAUUCAUAGCUAUUAACAGACAACCCCUUCAAUCGUCUUCCCUUCAAUAGCUUACAACAAAUGUAUCAGCCACACUGAAUAUUGCAUGGAGAGAGAUGCAGUUAUAUUGUGUAUUUUGAACUUAUUUCGCACAGUACGUAGCCAACCGUGUUAAUGGGAGGUGCGUGGGAAAGACAACUAAACACAAAAAUCCGUUUUUAAAAAUGAGUUUUCAAUCUAGAUCCAAUGUGGAGGUCUUCUACUGCUCGCCACGACGAGGGAGAGAGGGUUCGUGUCGUUUUGUUGUUCUUCCUCCCAGUCGCCCCCCCACCACUCCGGUGGAAGAGUACAGACCACAGUGGGUUCACUGUGCGGUCCAUGGUGUGGGUUACAUGGCCACAGUCUUCGUACUGUGGCUUGGGAAUUGAACUUGGGUCCCCGGGUUCGUAGCGCAGCGCGCUAACAGCUACACUACCGCUCCCCACGCAUCCACCUGCCCAACCACACGUCUCUAGCCCGAGGUCCCCUAACCCGAACACCAAUGAUACCAGCGUGAUGCAUGACAGAUGAGCGCAGAGCCGCGCAUUUCGUCGCAACGUGCCAACCUCGCCCCACCAUCAGCCCCCACUUAUAUUCGUCAUCGUACAUGAUCUCUCCACUGCCGGAUGAAGGCUUCCCGAAAUCGUUGCUAUCUCUCACGCACCCGUAAAGUCCCCCCCACCAUUCCCACCUAA